AUUGACGUCAAAAAAAGCAAACACCGUGUUCUUCUUCCAUCCGAUUGUCUGUCAGAAAAAUCUAAAAAGAAAUAAAAAUCUCUAUUGUAUGGUGAUUAGUGAUUUUCUCAGUUGACUACUGUAGUAAUUUGCUAUCGUAACUACAAUGGAUGAUAACUCCUUGAGCGAUGACGAAGUUAAGGAAUCUCCUCUCAGCCCUGUUAUGGGUGGAAAGAAGCUGAAACUAAACGAUGGAAGUUCGCAGGAUAGCUCCAAUGGUUCAGCUUCGUCGAGUAAGGUCGUCAAGGACGAAAAUGUGGACAGCGGGGUGUCCGCAGAUAAAUCAGAGAGCACUAGCAGCGAGGAGCGAGCCGCAGAGCCUUUAGAAGGACCCUCGAACGUGGUGGUUAACGCGGCGCCGUCGAGCAGUAUCCAUGGGAUAGUCCUAAACAUACGGCGCCCAAGACUUGGAAGGUGUUACAGAAAACGGAAAACGCCCGACAGAGACUCCGACAGUGAUAGUUCAAGGGAUUCUGAUGAUUUAUCAACAGAAGAAAGCCCUCCUGUGUCAAGGAGAUUGUCUAAUAAUUCAGAUGGAGAGAGUGUGGAUUUGGAAAGGUCCUUAGGCGCAUUUUCAGAGGUGUCUAGAAGCCCCUCCAGCAACAGUAACCACAGUUCUUCAAAUGAGUCAAGUUACGGGCAGUCCAGCGAGCUGAAUCUGAUCAACUCAGACUCGGACAGUGAUGAUGGCAACCUGUGGCAAAGGUCUGACAUUGACCAAGAGGACAAGGCAAAGAUGGACAGUGUCUUGUCCAAGACUAGGCCAAAACAUAGUUAUUUUAUAUUGAGAGAGAUUUUAAAUCGAGAGAUGGGCCUGACGCUGCCCAGUGGGAAGACAACCAAGGAGGAUGUGAUGUUCGAAAGGAGGUUCUAUGGCUCGCUGCACGCCGUUUACAGGCUGCAGAAGCUGCACCACCUCAACAAGCAUAAGGGCUGUGUUAAUUCUAUAAAUUUUCAUCCUGAAGGACAGCUACUAGCGUCGGGGUCCGACGACACGAACGUGGUGGUGUGGGACUGGGCGCGGCAGGCGGCGCUGCAGACCAUCAAGACCGGCCACAAGUCCAACGUCUUCCAGAGCAAGUUCCUGCACCUCAACGCCAGGAGCCAGCUCAACAUCGUCACCUGCGCCAGGGAUGGACAGGUCCGCCUCCUGCAAUGUCCGCCGAGCGGCGGCGCCACGGUGUCGCGGCGGCGGCUGGCGUCGCACUCGCGCGCCGCGCACAAGCUGCACGUGAGCGCGCACGCGCCGCACCUCGUCGUGUCGGGCGGCGAGGACGGCGUCGUGCUGCAGUGCGACGUGCGCGCCGAGCAGGCCAACAAACUGUUCCACGUGAAGGAGGCCGGGUCGUCGAUCCCCCUGUACAGCGUGUCGGGCCACCCGCUGGAGCCGCGGCUGCUGUGCGUGGCGGGGCGGGACCGCUUCGUGCGCGUGUACGACACCCGCCACGCGGCGCGCGCCAGAGACCUCUACUGUCCCAACUCCUUCCAGGACCAUGAGACAGAUGGCAAAAAGAAGUUCAAAUACAACAUGAUGCAUCUGACAUGCGCGAUAUAUAACCACGACGGCAGCGAAAUACUCGGCUCGUAUAACGACGAAGAUAUCUACCUCUUCGACAGCAUACGAGAUGUCUACGAUAAAGACAAUCCCAACAAGGAGACAAACGGCUACACGCACAAGUACAGCGGGCACCGGAACAGCGCCACGUUCAAGGGGGUGGCGUUCUUCGGGCCCAAGAGCCAGUACGUGGUGUCGGGCUCCGACUGCAGCCAUAUAUACAUCUGGGAGAAGGAGACUGAGGCCAUCGUGCAGUGGAUGGAGGGCGACAUCGGCGGCGUGGUGAAUUGUAUAGAAACGCACCCGCGCAGCCCCGUGCUGGCGAGCAGCGGGCUGGACAAGGACGUGAAGAUCUGGGUCCCCUCCAGCCAGGAGGAGCCCACCUACGCGGGCCUGGAAAAGAUAGUCCGCGAAAACAGCACCACCCCGAGGAGUCCGCUGUUCAGUGAUUUUUUACCUACACUCUAUAGCGCGUGGCGCGGCGAGAACCGCGUCUUCACCGACGAGGACCGCGCGCCUCCCUACGGCGGCAACAUCGAGUUCGACGGCAACGUCUGCACGGCUUUCUAGUGAACGGGCUCGUCUAGCUGACCGGAUAUUUCCUCACGGAUGUAGCCUUGUCAUGCUGGUGUGCUGACACACUGUCUCUGUGUGCGUGACCACACCAUUAGGUGGAGACGGCACUCUUGUACAGCGAGCGAAGUUGUUUCGUAUCAACUCUGCUUAUAAACCUCUAUGGAGGAGUGCGAACUAAUCAGUUUCACUGACUGUACGGACAGAGUCAUGAUCAUUUGUGAGAGAAAACAUCUAUAGUUGGGUAGCCGUUUGAUAGUCCAUUCAAUAUUAACCUGUAUAUGUUAAUUAUAUUAAAAUAUAAUUUGCUAUGAUUGCAAUAGAUGAGAUGCACGGUUUAAAAAAUGUUAUAGAUUCUGUUACGUAUAUAAGGUGUACAUGUUCAUUUGUUAAUUAGAAUAUUGUUUGAGUUUUUUAAAUAUUCACAUUACUUACAGCGUCAUUAACUUAAAGUCCAAAUAAACAUUAUAUAAUUUUCAAUACUAUGCUGUUAUUAAUAUUGCUGUUCAUCGUCAUAUAGGUAUUAAGAAAUAUGUAUAUUUGUAUAUAGUUAUUAGGGAUUUCAUUGCAAAGAUCCGAUUUGAUUGGACUAUAUAAGGUAGCCGCGAUCUGAACCAUAAUCCUUAUUUUGCCUUUGGAUUAAACUGUGUUGUCUACCAACUAUGCACUUGAUUAAAAUACUUUGUAUGUAUGUAUAUAAUUUGCACUAGUAAAAUUGUGACUUGUAGCUUUAUAGAAUAUGGCCUUGAUUUAAACUAUAAAACUCCCGUGAGACUCGAAGAUAUUAAAAUUGUUUUGAACGUUUAAGAUAAUUUUAAUAAGGCCUAAAUUGUCCAGCUCUCAGGUCGAGGCUGCCUCAAAAGGCUAUUCAGCUGUGUUAAGAUAUUUCAAGCUGUAAUAUUGAUAUUAGCUGAUUUGUUCUGCCAGGCAGCUCCAUGUAAAUAAACUUAUAGUUAGUUCCUUAAUAUAACCUACACACGUGCGUGAACUAAUCUAGCCGUGGGCGAAGUUGAACCAGUGAGGCUCUUUUCUUUCAAUGCGUGUUUUCAAGGUAUCCGAACCGUAGGAGGCUCCGGUGGGGCUCCCUUUUGAGUCACACCAAAGAUAAUAUGAAAUAGAUAGUUGCUGUCAUUUUAAACUAUGUAGCUACAGUACAUUUACUGCCAUCUUUCGACAGAAGAUUAAAACUGUUAGAACGCCAUUUGACUUUGUUUAUUAUUCUUUCACUGAUAUGUGUUAACUUGUUAAAUAUUAAUAUUAACGCCACCUACUCGAGUGUAGGCUGAAGAUUAUGACGCCACCACUCGAAAAGAUUACACCAUAUCCAGUGGCGUAGCUGCCACAUAUAAAAAUUCGUAAAAUGAAAGCGAUGGAGUAAAUCCUGAGCUAUUUAACAAAAAUUACAAUUACUCUUUUUAAAUAUUACUACUAUUAUUAAAUAUAUUUUACAAUUUUGAUUGAAUUUUGGGGUGACACCCACAAUUUCCGCACCGGGUGCCACCCAUGCUAGCUACGCCACUGACCAUACUUUUGGCCUAGUGUCGAGUAGAUGGCGUUAAUAUUAAUAUUCAACAAGUUAACACGUAUCAGUGAAAGAAUAAGGAUCAAAAUUGUAAUGCCCUGUAACAUUCCGGUGCCGUCCAGUCUAUAGAAGCGUUAAAAAGUAAUCAUAAUGACACGAAUCGGCAAUUACCCUUUGAGUUCCUGGGACCUAAAUUUGCCUUUCAAAAACGACCUUGAGGUUUUAAAUUGAAUUAUAGUUGUCAUGGAUACUAUCCUACUGAUUGAUUAAAUGAUUAUUUUGAUUAUAUCUACAAUGAAGUCCUUUCAUAACUAUUAGCUCCAUAUUUCAGUUCAAUGGAAUUUCUAUUUCUCCUCAAAAAGACAAAUGGCCCGCGUUCGAGGAUACCCUUGUGGGUUACACAGUUUUGCGGUGGUUGUUAUAUUAAAAGUCAAACUUACUCCCCAACCCUAAUAUCAAUAUGUACACAAUACUUCAAUAAGCCAACGAUCACUAUUGUUACCAUCAUGUCAUGUGUGGUCAUGUUAGUGGUUUCUCGUCUCCGGUCUUGCAGGAGCAAAACCAUAGGUUUUGAGGACAACUUGUCAGGCGUUUAUGCGGUCUACAAACGUAACAACAACAACAUUACACUCAGGCUGUAGUGAGCGUUAGGGACGCAGCUAUCUGUAAGAAUACGAAACGUUCUAAUUCAAAGUAUAGCAAAUCCCUUUAGAUUAUUGUGAUAUAAUUAUAAUUGAUAGGUUUGUAGAACGUUUUAUUGUAAAUUACCUUCUGAACGUGUCAUGACAAGUGUUCUGUGUGCAAAUCCCCUUAUUUAUACUAGAUACUUGCAAUAAAAUUAAACAAAUUGUUUGAU